UUUGUUUCUUCGUCUGUGGAAAACACCUGUGUUAUCUCGGCUGGGGUUAAUGUUAAGACAAUUACCAACUAGCAAGGGUGAGUUAUGGCACUGGUAUACGUUUCUCUGAAACUUUCUGGCCGGGAUAGAAACCAGAUCUGAAUUUUGGUAUAAAUAGUGUUUGAACUGUCUUUUUUAAAGAUUACUUUUUUUCCUUUGUUAGUUUAGGUUUGCGUGCUUUUAGCCUUGAUUGUCACUACGACCAUUUUUUGGUUUCUCAUCCUGCAACAGUAACCUGUAACUCGGCUGGAAAGGUUACCAUAAAUUAUUAGAACCUUUUUAAAGAAAAUAAAUAUAACUAUAACUUUGCACUUAAGUAUACCCCUUUCCCAGACUUUUGGACGACAACGCGAGGUCAAAUUUGGGCUUCCAGUGAAAGAUCACAAUAUUUUCGAAGGCGCGCCAACAACACAAAACCUUUACCAUUAGAAUUUCUUGGCCUCUACGUCACAAUGAAUCUGACUUAAACCGGCGUUAUCAUUGAAUACUGCCUUAGAAAAGAAAACAGAGUCGCUUGUAGAGUCAUAUAUAUAUGCGAGUGUAUUAAAAUGCGAGUAUAUUUAAAGACCCACAAAAUGGAACUGACUACCUGGUGGACACUUAAGACAAAGAGUAUGAAAUUCAAUGACCGUAAAAAUAUUGCUUCUAGUGGCGGUUAAUUCCUGAUUUUGUUGCUCUAGGCUAAGUUCUUUUGUCGUUGUUGUGGGGCGUUGUUUUGUAACCUCUCUUUUAACAAGAAGUUAGAAACCUGACUUGUGUGAUCUGGUUUUAUCAGAUUCCUAGUCUAAACAUUGCUCUUACAAUGGAUGGUGAAAGCCUCCUCCCGAGGCUCGAAGUUCAAUCCUCAGUUCUAUCUAAUGCGAGUAAUACCUAACUACUUAGUCAACUGAAGUCAAACUAAAAUACCUUUAGUACGAGGCUCUUGAUGGAGUAUUAGAUGAUAAAUAAAGUCGAUAAUUCUUACUUUUUUCUGAGAUCAAGAGAGAAUAACGGUUUAAUUAGUCUUAAAAUAACUUUUGUGAAACUCACACAUAGCCCAAAGGCUAAUCUUCAUGGCGUAUCCCUCUCUGUCUUUAAUAUUAUUCUCUGUUGCUGAGAUCCAACACAUUAAAUGAUAGCGAAGAAAAGGGCAGAGAAAUAAUUUAACUGAAGGCUGAGAGAUCGAGGAAAUACGGAGGGGAAUCUCUUUAAGAUUUUUCUCAUUAUCUAACUAAAGCAACAGCAAGUUAAAGCAUGCGUUUCAUUUAACGUCCAAUGAUGAUUAUGGAACUCAGUAAUAUUUAUAUGUGAUAUAGGCUGAAAUCUCGGUGCAGUUCGAGUUGUGUGAUGAAUAUUGAAUGAAAAACUUUUCGAAUUUCGAUUUAAAAAGUUUCUAAAAAUGACCAGUAAUUCGUGGAAGCUCUCAAACUCCUUUCCCCUGAGGUUUCCCUUAUUUUCUCUAAAGAAAUUACGCAUUUGCUUGAGAGGGAUGGGCACAAGACAAGAAACAUAACGCAUCCGGGUGUAAGCUAAUACACUGUGGCAAAAUAUCUUUGUCCAGCCUUUGCUUUUAUGUUCAUAAAGAAGACUUCAAGAUCUUUUCCUAAGGAAUUUAAAUCUUUUAUUCUGCGUGUUGCAGUUGCUCAUACUUGUACAACUGAGUUAAUGCAAUGCCUCGAUUUUUAGGUCGGGGGGGGGUACUUUCUUAUAAAAGGCUAAUGGGGAUGUGCCGCUGGAUGGGGUCGCAUUUUCACGACUUGAUAGACUAUUAUGGGGUCGCAUUGUCAAUAGAGUUACUAUGGGGUCGUACAUUUUCUAAUUUUGGGGGUAAGACAGUUCUUUAUAUUUACGGUUAGCAAACGUAGCAGAAUGUUUGUACUGUAGGUGAAAAGUAAAUUGUGCUUCAUUCAAUACAAGGUAAAUACAUAAAUAGAAAGUGACUAAGUUGGGAUCAGGAAAAUUACACAUUUGUCCAAAAGUGACUAAGAUCGGCUCUAUAGUUGGCCACAGAGUAGACUAUAAUAGGGUCACGGGCUCUGAGAGGCCAGCGGCACAUACCCAGCAAAUAUUAACCCAAGUACCCCCGGGUUUUAGGUGAAACAGAAGAAAUUAGUACAGGUAAUAGCAUGAUUUGUAGUGAUAUCUGGCAUUAAUACCACGAAUGAUAUUUCAAAAUUGUUAUAUGUAAUUUGAGACAAUUUUGAAAUAUCACGAGUGGUAUUUAUGCCAAAUAUCAUGUACAAAUCAUGCUAUUAUUUGUUUAUACUACUACCCACAAAAGGUUUGUAAUUUUCACAUGUAGGUAUUUCAAAUUAAGCUGAAAUACCACUGCUCUAAGCCAAUCAAAUUGCAGAAAUUUCUGAUGUAGUAGUAUAAAAGUUAAAAAUUAAAAUUUUUUACCGUUUCAUUAGGAAUUCAGUAAAGAGGACAUGUGGUUCUUUUAUUUAUUGCUCACCAUCGGAUCAUCCCAAGGUAAUUUUUCUUCUGUAAUGUCAACUUUUUAAUCAAAUUUGCUAUUUUGACGUUGCCAUGGUCAAAAAGUUAAAGAGAGUGGGAAAAACGCCUUUAUCGACCGAGUAAAACUCAGGUGCUAUACAUCUCUUUAAUUAAUAAUUAUUUUCCCUACUUUUGAAUCACUCCUAGGACAGUCCAAUAUACGUAUCUCUGGGGGUGGAAAAAUUGCAAACGGCAAGGCCUCGUUAGACAUACAUGUUGAGAUAGCAAACCCCGGGGCUACAGGAGUGAUACCCACUCAGGGACCUCUACAACUACCAACUGGCACAGGCAUACCACCGAUUCGGCCAGCGAUGAAAACAGGCAAACCGCCGAUUCGGCCAACACUACCCGUUCGGCCUACAAUGAACCCAGGCACACCGCCGAUUCCGCCGACAAUGAACACCGGGCCAACAAAGAGCACAGGCACACCACAGCCUGGGCCAACAACUGGGCAAGGAGCCUGGACAGGAGGUAAGUCAUCACCUUAUGAAGCCAUCCAAAAACAAACAAACAAAUCUUAUAUGAUUCUAGCCUAAAAAGCACCAGAUAAUGCGGUUCAGGUAAUGAAUUCAUGAUAACCGUCACGAAUAUAGAGACAAUUCAUUCCCAAGUAAAAUUCUAGGAUUCUACAGUAGUAAGAGUAGUUGCUGUAGUUUGCUUUAGUUCCUGUAGUAUGGUAUAGCCGCUGUACUGGUUUGGUUUAGUUCGUAUAGUUCGUGUAGUUGCUGUUGUUUGUUGUAGUUCGUGUAUAGUUGGUGAAGUUUGUGUAGUUUGGAGUAUAGUUGCUGUAGUUUGCUGCAGUUGCUGUAGUUUGUUUAGUUGCUGUAGUUUGGUGUAGUUGCCGUAGUUUGCUGUAGUUUGCUGUAGUUUGGUGUGGCCGGUUACUGUAGUUGCUGUAGCUUGCUGUAGUUGCUGUAGUUGCUGUAGUUAGGUGUACUUGCUCUAGUUACUGAAGUUGGUGUGGUUGACGUAGUUGCUGUAGUUUGGUGAAGUUGCUGUAGUUGCUGUAAUUGCUGUAGUUUGGUGCCGGUGCUGUAGUUGCUGUAGUUGCUUGGUUAGUGUAGUUCGUGUAGUUUGGAGUAGUUGCUGUUAGUUGCUGUAGUUUGGUGUAGUUGCUGUAGUUUGGAGUUGAUGCUGUAGUUGCUUUAGUUUGUUGUAGUUGCCGUAGUUUGGUGUAGUUUGGUGUUGUUGCUGUAGUUGCUUUAGUUUGAUGUAGUUCGUGUAGUUUAGUGUAGUUGCUGUAGUUUGGUGUCGUUCGCAUUGUUUGGCGUAGUUUGCGUAGGUUAGUGUAGUUCGUAUAGUUUGGUGUAGUUGAUACUGUACAGUUUUAUCAUGAAUUUAUUACUAUAGCACUAGUGUUUUAAACUACAGUAGAGUGCUAGGGUUUUAACUGGGCAUGAAUUGUCCCUAGUAUUCGUGACGGUUAUUGUGAAUCUACUACCUAAAAAAUUGCCUAAAAUCUUCACAUACUACGUUUUAAAUACCUUUACAUGUUUCAUUACACAAUGUACUUAGUAAAGGUGUUUAUUUACUACAUACGGCACUGUCUGGUAUUAUGAGUUCUGUGGUUUAUCUGGCUCGUGGCUAAACGAAACUUGUUGCGCACUUUGAUUGACCAUAUUACGGAAAAGGAAUAAAUGGAAUUAACUCCAGAAAUCGCUUCUUCUUUUUUGCAUUUAAUCCAUUGCAUUGUCUUGAAAUCUGCUUGAAAUAAAAUAGUCACAUGCAUGUUCUUUCAAUUGGUCCAAAAUUCAGUUAGAUUGAGAGAUUUGUAACAAAACCUUGUUCGUUUUGCUGUUACGGAAAACGAUAGAUAGCGGAGCUCGUGCGCGUCGAACGUAGCAUUAUGGAUGAGAAGAAUUGGUUAUCUAUGCAUCCAAGACGUUUUGGUCCGUAAGUACGUCCCGCACCCCUUUAUGUAAGCCUUUAUUUCAAGCACCUGCACGUUUCGGCGGUAAAUUGCAUGGCUACCCUGACUUUUAGAACAAACACAACAACAACAAAGCCGAUUCUUUCUCUCAACUAAAUUUUAAUGUCUACAUUGACGUGGAUAUCAGGGAAAGAGUUAGAGCGAGAGAUAACAAAAACAAAGGAGACCGAUUUCGUUGUAAGAAAAACAGGAAAAUUUUAUAGCGGCGGUGAGGAAAUGAGAAAUGCCACGGCCACCGAGGUAAAAAUGAGAGGCAGCGAACGCAAAAUGAACAGGACCACAUACAACACUUCCUCGAUUCAUAAAACGUGCAACUAGCAAGUUUCUGGAAGUUUAUUUCACGUUGUAGUCGAGCACUAAACAACGUAAACGGCAAAGAAAUGCACAAAAAAGGUGUGCUGCAAGUGAAAAGUUUUUUUUUUUUCCUUCUGCUUAUUAGGCUAGACCUCCUCUGAAUUUUUUGGCCGUUUUCGUCGCCGUCGCCGCUUAGAAUUACAAGAUUUUAUAUUUUGUUUGAUUAAACUAUAAACUUAAUAUGAACGAGAGCUUCGUUUUUAGCCCUAGCUAAAUCUACAAAUUACAAUCGAACGCAUCCUGGUUUUUGGUAAAAAUGGUAAAGUAAUGAAACAAUGUAUUUAUAUGCGAAUCAGGGGCACCCAACGAGAAUAUAGUUCAAAACCACUUAAACAUGGCAUUGUUAAACGUAUUUUAGUAUUUAAACAGUAGAUAUAGGCAUAUUUUUAUCUCCUAAAAAUUUUUUAUCUGCUCGGAUUUCCUAGCUGAAAGUCUAGUGAUCCGAAAAUUAUAGGGAUCAAAACUUACCUUUUCGAAAAUUUCAGCCAGAAAAAAACGGUCCCGAAAAUUCUAGGUGACCUUUUCAGGGUAAAAAUCCAUUGAAGAUGGGCAAUUAUACCAUUUUUUAGAUGUUCGAAAAUCCUAGGAGAGGCAGACAAGCAAGAAAUUUUACAACAAAUGUUCCGAAAAUUCUAGAUCUCAAAUCGUCUUCCGAACAGAUAUUUUCCGAGUUGGGUGCCCCUGGCCAAUCCUUGUUUACAAUAGACCAUUUUACAGUUAUGGGCUUAGUAUCCUGGCCUUUGAGUGAACGUGAGGCUGAAGUUGACCUUGUAUUGGUACAAACCUGCUUCCUUUUAUAAAGGAAAUUAUGCUUAAAAAUUACUGGUUAGCAGAAAAAUAACAUGAUUUACAUAAUAAUGCAGAAAGGUUUGUAUCAAAAACAAGGUCAAAUCCAGCCUCGUUCAACCUGAUACUGUAAAAUGGGCUAUUUCUGAGGUAUGUUCUCAUAUCGCUUUCUAUAUUAGACGGUAUCUUGUUGUUUUUUAGCAUUUACUCAAGAAGAAAAAGCCGGUUUGGCAAAACAUAACGAGUUUCGCCAAAUACACGAAGCACCACCAAUGAAACUCAAUAGAGAGAUGUGCGACCAGGCUAAAGCCUAUGCUAAGAAAAUAGCUGCAAUGGGGGCACUGAUGCAUUCACAAAGGGAAGAGAGGGAGGGACAAGGAGAGAAUCUUUCCAUGGGAUGCUCCACCAGUGGUCCACAGUCCAUGGAAGAGGCUGUGACAAACUGGUGAGUGUUAAACAACCGGUUUUAAAGGAUGUCAAUCUUCUAUCCAUUAUUUUACGUUUGAUCAAGAGCCAUAAUGGACAUUAUGGCUCUCGGUUUGAUGUCAAAACAGGGGCGGAUCUUGGGGGUGGGGGGGGGAGGUUCCUUCGAUGUCCAUUGAAACCCUUUGUACCCCAGAUACGCCUGACGCCUCGAUAAUCCCUUUUUCAACCUCACAGGGUUCAAAGAGCCCCCUCUCCCACUUCCGCCUCUGCACUCAAGAGCCUUAGGACUGAGAAAAAAAACCUUGAUCUUAAUCGUCGGUGGUGAAACUACAGUUUUGGGGGGUACCUGUAAUAAUGUUAGCAAAAUUCAAACAGACUUAUACGUGUAUUGCUUCUAGGUACAACGAAGUCUGUGAACCUGGUUACGAUUUCGCUAGCGGUGGGUUUUCAAAAGGCACGGGUCACUUCACCCAAGUAGUGUGGAAAGGGAGCACUGAGCUUGGCAUUGGAAGAGCUGAAUCUACUCAAGGAUCAAUGAAAUGUGCCUACAUUGUAGGCAGAUACAAACAAGCUGGAAACAUGAUGGGUGACUUUCCACAAAACGUAGCCAAGGGAAGUUUUGACAAAAGUUACUGCAAAUCGGUAAAAGAUGACCCAACGAAACCAAAAUUCUUCGCUUCAAAUCGAAGUGGGGCGAUCAACGAAAAACGUGUCACUAAAGUUGAUGCCCCUGAAUUUCCUGACCAGUCCCCUGACUUCAGCCACAAAUUAAUGAUCCUUAAGAAAAAGAAAAAUUUCGUAGGUUCCUCAAAGAAUCUGUAAUAUUUGACAACUGCAACUGAGUCCAACACCAAUAAAGAGCCUCAUUCCUUAUUAACCUGUCAACUCAGUCCUUACAUUUAAAGCGGCUAUGUCACAAGAAUUUUACUGUUUUAGGUCAAUUCUGUGCUGAGGUCAUCACUUAGCGCCCUUGCCCAUACACCAAAUACUUGUUUAGAGUUAUGACAAGAAGAUAUCAAACAAGUUUUAUCAGGAGGUAUCAGUGUGAGCUGUACCCAAGGGGCACUCCCAGCAGGACUAGCCCCUGAUGAAGACUGGUUUUGUCUAGUCGAAAUAUUGGGCAAAUAAAUUUGUAAACCUUAGCUGAUCGAUCAGCCUUGCCUUCAAUUUUAAGUCUCAAAAUAUCGGCCGGUCAAAGGACAAUGUCCAGCCAAUAUCACCAUUUGCUUUGUCCGGACAAACUUUUAGUUGACCGGUCGUUUUGAUCGGUCAGGUGCAAGGCUCUCAAAAUGAAUAACUCAACUUAACUGGAAAAAUAAAUGAAAAAUCGAUUGUGUCUGACCAAGAGAGGCUCUUGGUCUGACCGAAGCAAAUCAAAGGGUACGAAUACUCGGGAGUUUGAAAAAUAAAAGCAAAGGUCUCUUGGCUUAAACAGGGCAGAGAAAUGAACGAUCUUUGUCACAUUAAAAUUGAAGACCUUUUUGGUACACGUCUGCCCAAACUUCCCCGGAGGGUGCAACUACCUUCAGUAAAAAGCGCUUAUAAAACUGGCUGUAGUCUCAUUUUCUCUACUGGUUCACCUCUCGUUUAGGAUUGCGUUACAAUCCAAAACUAGGAGGUCAUAAAAUUUGAGAAUUAUUAUUAUUUACAUUUUUUAUUUACUAACCUUUUAUUUGGGCAGAUAAUACGGAGGACGUUUUUACGAAUACCGAGGAGAACUGACAGUGGUGUAAUCCCAUUUUUUCAAACACCCAAAGCCAGCCACACCCACCACCACCCGUUUCCAGGCCCAUCCAUGUCUUCGUUAAAAUAACUUAUUUGCCAAACAAUCACUCACUCAAAGUAGCAGUGAUAUGUUAGAGAAACAAUCUUAGAGGGCGCUAACUGCAAUCUGAGAUUGAUCAGAGAAUCUCGAAAUGCUCUAGUCUCGUGAGGGAGGGGAGCAUUGCGUGACUCUGACCCGAAAACGGAAUGGUAGUUGAAACUUGAAACUGCAAUCUCGUGACUGAUUUCCCAAUUUCUUGAAUUGAGAAAUUACGGUGCAAAUUGCAGCACUCUCAUCGUAAUGCUGUCGGAGUUCUUAGCACUCGGCUUCUUAGCUGUGUUUUCAGCGGCAAAUCUUCUACCAAUCUCUGUGAACCCAGAGAGACAAAAGUUGGUGGACAGCUUGGGUCGAGAGGUGUACUUCCACGGUACAAAUGUGGUUGUGAAGAGUUUUCCCUGGCAUCCGGAAACCGAAGGUUUCUCAGAUGGGACUUUCUCCGAGCAAGACAUGCAACUUUUAAGAUCCCUUGGCUUAAAUGUUAUUCGGCUUGGAUUCAUGUGGCCUGGUCUUGAGCCGAGCAGAGGAAAAUACAACGAGACCUAUAUGCAGGUCAUGCAAAAGAUUGUCACGCUGUCUGAAAAAUACGGCAUUUACGUCCUGCUCGACAUGCAUCAAGAUGCCUUCUCUAGGGUGCUCUGUGUUGAGGGUUUGCCCACCUGGGCAGUAAACACUGGAAACGCAAAAGGCUUUCCUGAGCCACUGCAUGACCCGUACGUAAACGAUCCCAAAACAGGCAUGCCGACUGACGAAGAUUGUGCUAAGUUCGUGUGGUCAGAUUAUUAUUUAACCGAAGCGACGAGCGUGGCUUUUCAGAAUCUUUACAACAACACCGAUGGUUUGCUAGACAGAUGGGCGGCAUUCUGGGCGAAGACUGCCUCCGGUUUUAAGGAUUUUCCCAACGUUAUCGGCUACGAGCUUAUUAACGAGCCUUGGGCUGGGGAUGUUUACGCUGAUCCACUGCUUUUCAUCCCGGGUGUUGCUGACAAAAGGAAUCUGGCUCCCGCCUAUGAGGUUCUAAGCAAGGCAAUUCGGCAGCAUGAUGAUCAGCACUGUAUCUUCUUUGAGGGCGUCACUUGGGAUGAUUUUGGGGUCGGGUUUGAGAGCGUACCAGGUGGUGACCUCUACCGCAACAGAAGCGUUCUAAGCUAUCACUUUUACAUCCCGCCCUCACUGGAACUCAUUGAGAACUUCGAGGCGCGCAAGAAAGAUCUCGAGAGAUUACAAUGCGGAGGAAUGAUGACGGAGUUUCUGACGAGUGCGGGGACAACAGCCCCCAUGUUUGAAGCAAUGAUUGCCGCCGACGUCUAUCAGCAAUCAUGGAUCGGAUGGGACUACAAAGCCUAUCACCCAUCCCGCCCCUCCCCGAAAAGCGAAAAGUGCUGUUCGCUAUGGAAUGAAACAGGUCUCAACCAGAUUUACGUUCAAAACACAACGCGCACUUAUCCUCAGGCCGUUGCCGGAAACACUGUGAAAUUUAGUUUUGAUUUAACAACGAAAGAGUUCAUUUUAAUAUACGAAGUAUCCCAAACUUGUAAUUCAACAGAAUCCAAAGUGUAUUUGAACGAAGAGGUGCAUUAUCCGUCUGGUUACAGCGUGAGUGUCACACCAUCCUCUGUCACCUGGUCUUCCCCGGAGAAAAACCUGCUCGUUUUUAAACAUCUA